GGGGAUGUACGCAGAUAACCCAAAUGUUAACGUAAGAGACGUGGAUGACGAUAGUGUAGGUCGGGUUAUACGUAUAAAUCGUAGAUAUAAUCAAAGAUUUUACAAUACUAUCCUCCGUGUCCUCAAUCCUCUCUGAUAUAAUAUUGGCUUGGUUGGCCCACACUACACGUUGCAAGUAUACAUUGUCAUGUGUUCCUGCGUAAACUCAUUCGAGAAUUACUACGAACGUCGCAAGAGGAAAGGGAAAAAAAUCUCGUCAGAUUGGAAGCCGUUUUAGUUAGCAACCCGCUACAGUUGACCGAUACAUUGUUACGGAAUUAACAAUUGCAUUUAUUUCCUAAUGGAUUGAUCCGGUGCUACAGGCUUUAGACCUCAUCCUACUACUCUCUCUGGAAGGGGUCAUGGCACAAAAAAACAUGCCCGUCCGAACUCUAUCAAUGGACGGAUACCCAUGAAAACAGACACAAAUGCGGAGCAGGACUCCGGGGUGGAAGACGCAGAAGAUGAUGGCAGUAAUAGUGCCAGCAUCCCUGCACAGACCUCCAUCAUGGGGGGAGAGGGACAUUCUCUCAUAUUCGUUUCCUUCAAGGGAAACAUGGGCGAUGAAGACUUCCAAAACAAACUGGACAGUGUCUUGAAUGGGAUCCCAGACAUGAUACAAUUAGGCCCUGAGAGACUGAAGCCCCAGCGCGUUGAACCAUGGAACAGUGUACGAGUCACCUUCAACAUCCCACGGGAGGCCGCAGAGCGACUCCGCCUCCUGGCUCAAAACAAUCAACAGCAGUUACGGGACCUUGGGAUCCUCUCUGUGCAGAUAGAGGGCGAGGGUGCAAUCAACGUUGGCCUGGUACAGAAUCGAGGUCAGGAUGUCAGGGUAAACGGACCUGUUGGGCCACCUGGGCAGACGCGGAUGGAUGUGGGGUUCCACAUGCAACAAGGGCCAGGAGGCAUCCGAAUGAACAACCCUCAGGUUUCAAUGGUGCCACCAGGUCAAGGCCAAGGAACAAUCCCAGGAGGAAGCGGACAGAUGCACCCAAGGGCUCAAAGACCCCCCUCGCAGACAGACGCUAUGGACCCUAUGAUGUCAGGUAUGGCAGCCCAACAACAACAGCAGCAGCAGCAGCUUCAGCAUCCACAAGCUCCCCAUAUGCCCCCCAAUCCCAUGGGCCCUCAGGGUCACCACAUGCAAGCCAUGCAGGCUAACCGCCAGCUAAACCCAGCCGCUCUCCAGCACCUGCAGCAGCAGCAGCAACAACAGCAGCAGCAGCAGCAGCAGCAUCAACAGCAGCAGCAACAGCAGGCCCAGCUGGCUCAGCUCGGUGGUGCUCGCGGUCCGUUCAACUCCUCAAGUCAAAUGCCUGUGCCCGCUGGCUGGAACCAGCUUCCAUCUGGGGUGUUACAGCCUCCGCCUGCCCAAGGACCCAUGGGACCCGGCUGGAGGAAACCGCCACCACAGGCUCAGAUGGGACAGCGCCCAUCCCUGGCCACAGUCCAGACACCGAACCAUCCUCCGCCACCUUAUCCGUUUGGGAGUCAACAGGCCGGUCAGGUUUUCAACGCCAUGGCGCAGCAGCAGCAGUUGCAGCAACAGCAGCAGCCAGGGGUCAACCAGUUUGCAGCCCCUCAGCCUAAAUGCCCCAAGGAGCACCAGGCAUUCCGGGCCCAAGGGGUCCACCGUCUGUCCCACCAUCGUCUACUCCACAGGGAAGUCUGUCCGCUAAAUCACCGGGGUCAUCGUCCUCUCCAUUCCAGCAGGGGUCACCGGGGACGCCUCCUAUGUAUGCCCAAACGGAUGCCCAUGGGCUUUCCUAAUGUACCAGGCAAUCAAAACUUUGUUCAAGGCCAGGUGACAACCAGCGUUGCUGGGACACCUGUAGUUGGUACCAACCCCCAGGUGCAGAAUACCCAGGGCAUGGCACACACAGGUCAGACUCCAGGUGCCACUCAAGGGACCAGCAUGGGCCAGCCCCAGCAAAACCUUCAGGCUCAGAUGAUGGGUAUGCAGUCUCAGCAUCAACCUCUGCCCGUGGCCUCCUCCCCAGGGCAAAUAGUGCAGGCCCAAGGAGGCGGCCAGACUGUCCUCUCAAGGCCAGUCAACCCGGGGCAGAGAGGGAUGACUCCUCCAAAACAGAUGAUGCCUCAGCAAGGGCCAGGCGGUGUGAUGCAGAAUCAGGGUCCGCUUGGGGGAGGCCCGGGACAUCAGCAGCAGCAGCAGUUACAACUUCAGCAGCCACAACAGCAACAACAACAGCAGCAACUGCAACAGUUGCAACAACAGCAGCAACUGCAACAGUUGCCACAACAGCAUCAGCAGAUGCAACAGCAGCAGACCCAACAGAUUCCCAUGAACAGUAACAACAAUCAAGCAAUGGGUAUGCAUGGACCACAAAUGCGACUUCCAGGUCAUCACAUGGUCCAACAACAACAACAGCAGCUGCAGCAUCAGCAACAACAACAACAGUUGCAGCAGCAGAAACAACAACAGCAGCAGCAGCAGCAGCAGCAGAUCCAGCAACAGCAAAUGCAACAACAGCAGGUGCACAUGCAGGGUAUGCAGUUAGCCCCAGGGCAGGCAGGAACAAUGCCUCCUCAAGGACAGCCGCAGAUGCUUCCACAUCAGUUGCAACAGGCACAGCAUCAUCAACAGCAGCAGCAACAGCAGCAGCAGCAGCAGCAGCAACAACAACAGCAACAGCAAAUGAUGAUGAUGCUCAAAAUGCAGCAAGAGCAGGCAAAGAACAGACUGCCACUGCAACAGGGCGGGCACCCGCCCAGGGGCCUCAUGAAUCCUGCUGAAGCUCAGAGAAUGCCUGUAUCCCAACAGGGCAACAUGCCUGUAAUGAUCAAUCUGCAAGGGCAUGGAGGCGUGCCACCUUCCCCAGACAAAGCCAGGGGGGUGCCCCUCAUGGUAAACCCACAGAUGGCAGGGGCCGCGAGGAGAAUGCCACAUCCAGAGUCUGGGCAAGGACAAGGCACUCAGGGUAUGGGAGAAGACGUUUCAGGCACCCACAACAUGCAGGAAAGAGCUCCUCUAGAGAUGGGUCUUCAGACAGGAAAUGGCUCCCAGCAACUUGUGAACCAGGGCCCCAAUAUGAUGAAGCCAGGGCCCCCAGUGCCUCAGCACUCUGGGGCUAGCCCGCAGCAGCAGCAGCAGCAGCAGCCGCCACAGCAGCAGCAGCAACAGCAGCAGCAGCAGCCACCUCCACAGCAGGGCUCCAUGCCAGGCUCGCAUAAUAUCCAUUUCCCAAAUGUCCCUACCACCUCUCAGAGCUCUCGCCCCAAAACGCCCAACCGAGCAAGCCCCCGGCCUUACCACCAUCCUCUCACUCCCUCUAACCGUCCACCAAGCACAGAGCCUUCAGAAAUCAGCCUUUCCCCUGAACGUUUGAAUGCUUCAAUUGCCGGUCUUUUCCCUCCGAAGAUAAACAUCCCUUUGCCUCCCAGGCAGCCCAACCUGAACAGGGGAUUUGAUCAGCAGGGUCUCAAUCCCACUACCUUGAAGGCAAUCGGACAGGCCCCACCCAGUCUGAAUCUGCCGAACAACAACACUGGUGGAAAUAAUAAUGGUCAGCAAGCUUUCCCAGGAAGUGGUAACGCAGCAAGUACAGGGGGGAAACAAGACAAACAAUCUGGAGGUGGUCAAGUGAAACGAGCGAGUCCUAGCAAUAGCCGACGAUCCAGCCCAGCGUCAAACCGGAAGGCUGCCGCCCCCAGCCCAGGGAGACAGAAGGUGGCCAAGAUUGCGUUAACAUCCCCUCCACACCAACAGCAAAUGGUUACCCCACAGUCUAUGGUUAGUCCCACUUCACUGCAACCAAGCCCUGUCUCUGUACCAUCAGCUGGGCCCAUGGACGCACAGCAGAUGCAAAACUCUUUUCAAGGUCUCCCUGGUAAUUCUGAACAUGUGAGUCAAGGACAGAUGGCAGUGCCAUCAGGUGAACCACGACAAACAGUUCAGUCACCGAGAGACCAGAUGACUCAGAGAAUGGCAAGCCCACGAGUUUCUGCCGUGGAGCCAAAACAACCUCUGGAGCCCAAGAAUGUUCCAGAGCAACCAGCUACUGAGGAAAAGCUUCAAUCUCAGAUUGAACUACAACAGGGUCUCAGCUCAAAUGUUUCGCCAGGUUUUAGGGAUGCCCCAACAUCUCUGAAUCAGUUGUUGGACAGUUCAAUCUCACCGUCCAUGGCAAUGAAGCCACCACAGGGUGCCCCACAAGGGACUGUAGAUUCUGCACAGAAGGAAAGCCCUCGUUCCCUAGCCGAACAGGCGAGCCAACGGAAUCCCAGAACCCCUCAGGGCACUGAAAGUGGGGCUUUAUCGGGUCCCAGUGAGCCUAAGCUUAGUUCAACCCCAAGCCCCAAACUAAAUCCCAGCAGCAGUCCCAUUUUACACCCUCCUAGUGUUACCCUUAGCGUUAGCCCUAGUCCUGCCUUCAGCCCCAGUCCCAAUUCAAAUGUUAGUCCAAGUCCACAGCCUAACACCGCUGUCAGUCCGAAUCCCAACCCAAAUCCCAACCCUAAGCCUGUGUCUAAUAAUAUGUCAACAGUCUUGCAGAGGCCAAACCCUUCAACAGCUAUUGCCACCAAUCAGAUCACGGUCUUUGUCACCUCUAAUCCAAUCAGCUCUGCCACUAGCACUUCCCCGCAGGUGCCCCCAGUCACAGUUGUCGCAGUUCCAAACAAAAACAUGCCGAGACCUUCAGAGAUUGGUCAACAGACUCCUGGCCAGACCCGCCCUGCUCAGUUCAUAACAACCCCUGUGUUUUUCCAAGUACCGGCAGCCUCUGUUCCCUCGAGUACUACUGUGGUCUCUCAGCCUGUUACCAUGGUUGGCCCAAUUCAGGUGUCUGCUAAUAUACAGCUGACGCCUGCUCCCAUGGCAACUCUAACAUCAGCAGCUCCGGUGUCAACGGUGUCUGUUGCAGCACAUUCCCCAGCCGUGAGGUCAGCUACUGGCCAGCCACCUGCUCGUACCGUGGUCGGACACGUCCAGGUGCAGGUUCCUAGCAGUCACGCAUCCCCUGUCACAGUGCAUCCACCCCCCCAGCAGUCAAGUCCAGGGACUCCGAAGCAGGAGAGCUCGCCAGAGGUAUCAGGCUUGAAGUCCAGUCCUAUUGCACAGGCGUCACCUCGCCCCACGUCAUCUCCCAGUGCAACCUCCCCCUUCCAGCAGCCCUUGUCCUCUCCCCCCAUAUGCUCAAGCCCAGGUGCUGCACCCAGCCCCCGAAGGAGUCCCUUGUCUCCGUUAGCUGCAGGAGCUAAGAGCAAACCUGGCACUCCCGUUACGAUGGUCUCUGAUAGUCCCCCAGUGAAACAAGAAGUCGCUGCCCAGAUAGCACCAAAUGCAGGUGUUGCAGCCCCGCAGGCUUCCCCUUCACCCGCAGUUCCUACUGAGCCCAUCUCCUCUCCGCAGAACACUUCCUCUCCGCCGGCCCCUGUUGCUCCUGUUUCAGUCCCAGCUCCUGAGCCGGUGCCGACUGCACCCAACACAGCACUUACUGCCAUGCCCACUACGCCUGCUGUGCCCACUACACCUACCCCUGCCCCUUCCCCUAGUUCAGCUACUGCUCCCCUCCCUGUCCCUGUUGCCAGCCCGCCACCCUCCAGUUCCCCUGUGGGGUCAACUGUUGCUGCUACAAGCGUCGCUGCUACCGUCCCAGGACCAACCAACCCCACCGUUAGUUCUCCCCCUGUCUCGACCCCAGCACUCCCCGCAGGAGGUCAGCCCCCUUCUACACCUGUGGAGACCAGCUUGCCAGAGCCAGUGAAAACUGUGGUACCUUUGGCAGAGGCACCAAGUGCUUCAGCUCCUGGUGAACCUGAACCUGCCCAGCAGGAAAAGGCCUCAAGUGAAAAAAGCGGAGAAGAAGCCGCUCCUGUUGCGGAGCAAGGAUGGGCAAAGAAAAGAAAGACGCCCGUCAGCUUAGUCCCCAGGGACACUAGGGGCACUGCUGAGGCGAAGGCGAAGGGCCCCAGUCGACGCAGCUCGCGAGCAGAGAAGGAGACGGAAGAGGAAGCAGCAGACAAUGGGCAGAGAAAGAGGACAGCCAGACCUGGAUCGGCAUCCUCCAGCACAGGGAAAGAAACAAACACUGGAGCCAGCCCCACCCAGGCCAAACGAAGGAAGUCGAAGUGAUCAUGACACGCUACACCUGUGAAAUGAAUUAUUAACUUCUUCUGUGAAUUUAUUUUAUCUGCUGUUUCUUCAGAAUCAUGUUUUCACAGAGAGAGUAACCAUGUACAGAUAUUUGUUUUUAAAAAGAAACGAUAUUGAUGUAUUUUGUGAGGUCUUAUUUAGAUUUAGAGUGUGUUUGUGAGUGUGUGUGUGUGUGUGUAUGUGUGUGAGUAUGGGUUUUGUUUUUCGUUUUCUAAUGCUGGAUUAAUCAUGUCAUGAAGCCUGGUAAUUAAAAUAUCAUGUCUAUUGUAAAAUUAUGUUGCAGAUCUGAAUUAAAUUUUCUACUUUUGUGUCUUGUGACAUUAAUAAAAAUCUGUAUGUA